UGCUCCGGUAAGGAGGUGUGAGCGGCUGACUUUGGAGGGUACGAGAAGAGGUAGAGGACGGCCUAAGAAGUAUUUGGGAGAGGUGGUCAGGCAGGACAUGACGAGGCUUCAUAUUUCCGAGGACAUGGCUCUUGAUAGGAAGUUGUGGAGGUCGAGUAUUAGGGUUGUAGGUUAGGUGGUAGUUGAGUCUCCCUUACUUCGUACCUUUGUGAGGCUAGUCUUGUAGGGUUUUUGUCGAUGUCAUCUAGUGGCAAUGUUGUGUCUUACUACUCCUUUGUUUACUAUAGUGCCGGGUCUAUGUACUGUCUAUCGCGUUUGCUUUGCAUCUACUUUCUCAUUUCCAUGAUAUUAUUUUUCCUAUGGUUUCUAUUGGUGAUACUGAUAUUGUCUCUUUUCGUCUUUUUGAGCCGAGAGUCUUUCGGAAACAACCUCUCUACUCCCUCGGGAUAUGGAUAAGGUUGUUUCAAUUGGUCCCUUCUGUACCAUCGGGCCUUUCGCAAAGUUGGGGAACGCUUGUCAGCUGUAUCCUGGAAGCCACAUUUUCGGAAAUACUGAACUGGGAGAUAAUUGCAUUCUUAUGACUGGUGCUGUAAUUGGAGAUGCUCUUCCUGGUCAUACAGUCAUCGGGAGAAACAAUAUUUUUGGGCAUCAUGUUGUAAUUGGUGUCAAGUGCCAAGACAUGAAAUAUAAGUUUGGGAAUGAGUGCUUUCUCGAGAUUGGUGACAACAAUGAUAUCAGGGAGCAUGUAUCCAUCCAUCGAUCUUCAAGUCCUAGUGAUAAAACCGUUAUUGGUGAUAACAAUCUUAUUAUGGGCUCAUGCCAUAUAGCUCAUGACUGCAAAGUGGGCGACAACAAUAUUUUGGCAAACAGUACACUUCUCGCAGGCCAUGUUCUGGUGGAGGACUAUGCUCACACUGCAGGAGGUAUUGUAGUUCAUCAAUUUUGCCAUAUUGGUUCUUUUUCUUUCAUUGGAGGUGGUUCAGUGGUUUCUCAAGACGUUCCAAAGUACACGAUGGUGUCGGGGGAAAGAGCUGAGCUUCGUGGGUUGAAUCUUGAAGGCCUAAGACGUCGUGGAUUCUCUGCUACAGAGAUUAAGAGCAUGAGAGCAGCUUAUAGAGAGAUAUUUAUGCCUACUGAUACGAGUUCUGGGAAUAUUGAAGAUCGACUUGCUCAAGUGGAGCAACACAAAGAGCUGAGUCUACUUCCAGCUGUCUGUUCCAUGGUACAGUCAAUACGUGAUUCUUUUGCUGAACAUCGCCGUGGAAUUUGCAAAUUUAGAAGUCGGAGUGGAUCUUAGCUCCUUUUCUUCCAAGAAUACUGAGUUUCACCUCUAUCAUGGUCCUUGAUCUCGUAAUACGCCAAACUGUAAACAGGCAAAGAAAUGCUGCUCGUCUUGUGAAAGUUUUUAUAAGGUGAACAAUCCUGUACAAGGACCAUAAUCAUUAUUUAAGCUUAUUAUGGAGGACUAAUGAACUGAGAAGAAAUCCGUCUGAAUGGGCUAAAUGAAGCUUAUCAUAUCACAGUUUGUAUAUCUCAAAGUUGCAUCUUCCAGAUUCUUUUCGUUGAGUGUAGCAGUUCAUUGAGCUAUUCUGCACCUCCGGUAAAAACUUUAGUCCCUUGCUCUCUGUUGCGAUGAUAUUGACCACAGUAGCUGCUUUGGAUUCCAACCACAAUACCGCUUCUUUAUCACCUUGUAAUGAUAUACAUCAACGUUUGCAACCAAGUUCCCGCUUUCAUACUAGUUUUCAACCAAUUCCGAUCUCUGUUACUCUGUAUCUUUAGUUCUUUGCUUGGUCUCGUUUGAUGGAAGACAGUCAUUAGUGUGGAUGAACAAUCUUUUUCGAUAGCCACCAACUAUACUUCAAUACUGCUUGGAUUUACUAUUCGAAUUAAUCCGAAAUCUGGCAUAAG